CAUAUACACGUUUGAACGGUGUAUGCUUUGUUUCAGUGAAGUAAACAAUCUAUUCCAUUUUCUAUUCUAUAUUUUAAUAUAUUCCAAAUGCAAAGAAAUAGGCUUCACGGUGUUCGUUCAUAUCAAUGGAUUUGAGUUUCUAAAAUAUUGUUAAAUUUUGGAAAAAUUUAUAAUUUUUGUUGGAUUUUAUCGAUUAAAAAUAUAGAAAUUCUACGAACAAUUUAUGGCGCAUUAACAAGCGUCUACAUUCAUAAUUCAAGAGUCGCGUAGGUUUUCAAGACUGGGAAAGAUUUCAUUGUUUUUUUUUUGUUUUAUUAUAUCGAUGUAAAAAAAAAUAAUCAACCAAUUUUUUUUUCUCAUUUGAUAGUUUAAAAAUAUAGUAUUACUAUCAGAUCUUUUCUAUUUAUUUCUUCCUUUCAUAGUUGACUUGAGUUUCUCGAUGUCCUAUGUUAGAUAGAACACAGUAGCGGUAUAAUUUAGUCUAAUGACAGAUGCAUAUAAAAUAUAUACGUUUGUCGAUUAUUUUUUCAACAAUUAUAAUUAGUAAAUAUACACUUAUAUAUUAUAUUCUAUUUUUAUAAAAAUCAAGUUCCAUAUUAUCUACGAGAUCUUUCUCCUAGCGUUAUUUUUUUUUUUUAUAAUUUCUUUCGUAGUUGGAAGUCCACUUUAUAUUAUUAUUAUUAUUACUAUUAUUAUUAUAAUAAUAAUAUAUAAUAUAAUAAUAUAAUCGGUAUAUAUAUAUAUAUAUACUAAUUAUUUUUAAACGAAACAUUUCAUAAAAUCUUGUCAAUUAUAUUUAUUAUUUUGUAUGCAUUUGAAACAAAUGCGUACUGAUACCUUGAUUACUGCAAGACCAACAUUACUAACAAAAAUUAUAUACAUAUAAAAAUGGCGUUUUCGAAACCAAAGGAAAUGAUAUUAAAUUUCGCAAGUGUAUAUUUUCAAUACCUUUAUAGUAAUCCGGUUAAAACAAAAGCAAUUGCCAGCUGCAUUAUUAAUGUUUUGGGAAACUUAGUACACCAGAAGUUAACUGGCGGGAAAUCUAUAGAUGAAGAUAGACUUAUUGCAUUUGGUCUUUUUGGAUUGUUAUUAGGAGGUUCUGUACCACAUUACUUUUAUUUAUACACACAUUCCUUGAGAAAAUAUCCAUUGACUUUGCUUUUGAUAGAAAGAUUGGUUUAUACACCUUGUUUCCAAGCACUAACGUUAUACAUACUUGCUCGAUUAGAGGGUAAAUCUCACAAAGCCUCUAAAGAACAAUUACAAAAGCUUUACUGGCCCGUUCUUCUAACUAAUCUCAAAUAUUUAACUAUAUUUCAAUUUAUCAAUGUAAAAUAUGUUCCUUCAGUGUUACGCACAUUAAUAUUAGAUAUAAUCAGUUUUAUAUGGUCGAUUUAUCUCACUAAUGAAUGCAAAAAAUCAACUGUUACUGAUAAGAAAUCAAAGAAAUAAUAUCUUAAUAUAAUGUUAUCGAUUUUAAUUGGUACGUAUUAAAAAAAAUGAAAUGAACGAAAUAAAAGUAAUACACACACACACAUAUAUAUAUAUAUAGGUUUAUAUGAAGUAUAUAAUAAAAAUGUAAAGAUUGUUUAAAUUAAUAUUUGGGAUGUAUUUCAUGAAAUAUAUUGUAUAAAGUUGUUUGCAAAUAAAUGUGGUUAUUGGUGUAAUUAAU